AGAUAGCGUUUUAAUAAAAAUGUGCGUUACUGUGAAACGUUACUUUCAAGUGCCCUGGCAUGUUCAGGAUGCUCGUGUCAUUGAUGUUCUAACCCUAGUUUGUUACCCUUUAGUUUCUUCAUUGAUGGCUCUUGCCGUUUCUUUAAAUGUAAUGGUGUUCAUGCAGAUGUACACUAGUAUAAUUCCUCAUUGGUACAUAACUAUGAGCUAUUGCAGCUGUGUAUCAGCUACACUAAGUUUCAUUUUGUUUGUGUUAAGUACCAUAUACGGUCGUUCAAUAUGCGCUGCGUUAGGGUAUAUAUGUUUUGAGGCAUUCUUUAUACAGCAAGUUCCUUUGAGCAUAGAGCUACUUUUGGAGCCGGGGUUGGAAGCGCAAAUGGACCCGCCUGUAUUGAUGAUGAUGCGAGCCACAGUGAUUUUCUUUGACAUUGUUGUCUUGUGGAUGGGAAUCAGGUUAGCCUUGGUGAUAAUUGCUUUGACCGAGGCCAUGAUGCGUGGUGGUAUGCUUUGGGAUUUGGAUGAUGCUAAAGAGCGUCAUUUUGGGGAUCAUCCACGUAAUUAUUCCAUCUCUGUACCAGAGGACGAAUCAUAAAAGGCUGGAUUCUGGACUA